AUGGAAAGGUCGUCAUCUGUGCCUUUCACCGUCCGGGUGCUUGAGAAUGACUCCAAACCCGCAGGGCCAGUACGACAGCCCCGGGAAUUCGGCCAUCUCAUGCCGGCAACAAGCCGAGCAAGACACGAUCACAUUGUCGUGGCGCAAGCCGAAGACAUUGAAUUCCUAGAACGAGAACUUCUCGUGAAACGCCUAAACGAUAUCCAGGACCUCCUCUGGAUCUGCGGUCGUCCGAUGCCGCCCCGGCCUCUUCAUUACCAGGCGCUGACCUCACGCGAGAUCCAAGUUACAGAGAAUCCGGAACUUCAUCUCGUCUGGGCCAAAAACCGAAUCUUCGUCAAGCCGAUACCGCGGUGGCUUUUGAGCCCAUACUUCUGGGCCGACCACCUGGCUGUUGAUGCUGCAGACCAACAGCGCCAUCCGCGGAAGCAGCAGCUCUUCGCAUGUGCACUCGGAUUUCUCUUUACUUACACCGCCCUCAUCGCGUACGAGAGCGACUAUCAAAUCGCCUAUGACAAGGGCCUUAUUCCGAAAGAGGUGACCUGGUACGACUGGAAGGCAUUGUCGGCCCAGAUCGUGCGGAACCAUUGUUACGCGUCGGUCAAUCCGCGAUACUGGUACGGCGAGCUUCGUCUCAGUCGGCUGAACAAGAUUUAUCGCGUCCGUCUGGGGUACGUGCUUCGCGGAUUUUCCAAGGUGGCCUCCCAUGCAGUCUACGAGGACCUGCUCCAGGAUAACUUCGCGACGCUCGCAGCGAUUCUCGGUUAUGUCGUCAUCGUCCUGACGGCUAUGCAAGUCGGGUUGGCCACUGAUAAGCUCGUGGGCGACAGCUCGUUCCAGAACGUCAGCUAUGGGUUUACAGUCUUCUCUAUCUUGGCGCCACUGGUCGCCUGCUUUGUCAUUUUCGGUGUCGUAGUGGCCAUGGUCGUGAGUAGCUGGAUGGUGACCAAGGUGUAUGAAAGGAAGAGAUUCCAGGAAAUGGGCGUCGAGCCGUUUUGGAGAGACCAGAAGAAAACCGCCCGGUACGAGCAUGUAGCGGCAAAGCACGAAGUGUCGGAAUAG